UUAAAGUUUGUUUUUCUUCAAAUUUUUCUCGUCUUGCUGAGAAUGGAUCACAUAACAACUCUGGCACCUUCCCACAGUGUGCACCAAGAAACCGGUCUUAAAUCAGUCAAUCAUGGGGAAAAUGUGACUUUGCGAUGUACUCGUGAAAGUGAUGAAGCCAUAUUUUUUUACUGGUACAAACAAACACAGGGACAGAAACCACAGCUCAUAUCACAACUUUUUAGGUAUGGAGAUACUGCCAGUUUGCAUGAUGAAUUCAAGGAUGAUCCACGUUUUAUUGUUCAAACAGAAAACAAUUGGAAUAACUUGAAAAUUUUAGAUUUGCAUUAUUCAGAUUCUGCAACUUAUCAUUGCAUUGGUUCCGAUGAUUAUGGGUUUAAAUUUAAAGAAGGAGUGAUUCUCAGUGUAAAAGGUUCAGGUUCAGCGAUCGUCCAUCAGCCAGUGUCUGAAUGGGUCCAGCGAGGAGACUAUGUGACUCUGAACUGCACCGUGCGUACUGAGACCUGUGAUGGAGAAGUAAAUGUCUACUGGUUCACCAACUCUGGAAAAUCUCAUCCUGGAGUUAUUUACACUAAUAGAGUCAAGAACACUCAUUGUGAGAGGAGAGCUGAGACACAAACAGUGACCUGUUUCUACACAUUACCGAAGAACAACUUAACUAGUUCUGAUGCUGGGACUUAUUACUGUGCUGUGGUCUCUUGUGGAGAAAUUCUCUUUGGAAAUGGGACCAAGAUAAGUUUUAAAAAGGAAUCUCUCGUCUUGGUGUAUUUCAUGGGCAUGGUGUUAGGAUUCACAUCGGUUCUGGCUGUUAUCCUGUCUUACUGUGUGCUCAAGAUGAGAAGAAGAACGUGUCGUCAUUGCCCAGAAGCUCAUCCAGCCUUUGUUUCCUCAAAGCUGGACUACUGCAACACACUCAUCAUUGGAAUUCCUGGCAGGAACCUUCAGAAGCUCCAAUACAUCCAGAACAGUGCUGCCAGGAUCUUGAUGAGAGUGUGGAAACACCAUAUCACCCCCAUUCUGGCUUCCAUGCUCUGGCUCCCCAUCUCCCACAGAAUCAACUUCAAAACCAUCCUAUUAACCUUCAAAUACAUCCAUGGCAACACACCUCCAUACCUCAAAGAACUGCUCACCCCCUGCAAGCCCUCCUGCAAUCUCCAGUCUGGCACCAGUUUGAUCCUCCACAUACACAGGAUGACGCUCCACUCAAUGGGAAACUGGGCAUUUUGCUCUGCCCCCCCCAUAUCUCUGGAACGCCCUUCUGGACCACCAAAAAGCUCCCCAGACUCUGGCCUCUUUUGA